AUGACUGUUUCUUUCACUUCUGAUAUUGAAAUAACCCUCUGGUGCACUUGGUCCCUGACUGUCACUCACAAGGCAUGUGAAUAUACCAAAUGGAAAUUCAAUGCAGAGAGGACAGGAGGAGACCCAGUUAUACCUUCUCUGAACCUAGACACUGAUCUGGUGAUGGCUUUUCAGAUGCAGAUCAAUAUUGCAAGAUAUAGCAAAUUGAUCUCUCUGAAGGACACUGGGCAUAAUGAAGAGAGAGAGGAGAAGUUGCUUGAGAGGUGUCCCCCUGGCCAUGAGGGCACAAAGUUGUACAUCCCAGACACCCUGGCUGAUGCCACCCAGGGGCAUGAGGUAGGAUCUGAUGUGAUGAAUCAGUCAGAUCCAGAGGUAUCUGCAUCAUUGAAGGGGGCAUCCUCUGAGAAGAUCCUCAAAGCCAUUGCAAGGCCAGCAGCCAUUGCAACAGCAGCACUCAGGGUGAUGCAUCCUGAGCAGUACUGGGCAGGUUUGCAAGCCUUUGUGAGCCUCAGAGAAAAGGCAGAAAGCAAGGAACUGCCAAAGAUGUCAGAGACUCUCCAGUACUGGGCAUCUGUGUUUAACAGCCUGUCUGUCAUUUCCAAUCGGGAAACCCCCAAUCAUCAAGACCAUUUAUCUAUUCCUGAAUGCUUCAAUAUUCUCACUACCAUGGGGAAUUAUUCUAGUGCUCAGAUGAGUAUGCCAAGCCUUCAGCUGGAGUUCAGGGUUCAUGCAGUGAAAGGGGAUUAG